GGCUGGCCUACGCAACAAUUCAUUCGUCCCCUGAGACGUUCAUUCCUGGUGAAACCUAAGGCGGCUGAAAGCGGUUGUUCGCCAUAGCGAUAGCCAUUGCGCGGCCUCCCCGAAUCCAGACCCUGUCAACUUCCUCCACCCCUUAUCCUAAUUUUCUUUUUCCCCUUCCGAUCCUAUUUCCUCUGUUUGAUUUAUCCUGUCUUGCACAUGGUCUUGAGUUGAAGUGGGCCUUCCCCGAUUCUGCAGGCCUGAAUUCCUGAUCGCCACUCGUUUCUGCCUGCUUCAGCAGCGCCUAACUUUCCGCCACCAUGUCUAUCUCCGCGAGGUAUACGCGAUACUUAGUGUUUGCCUUGGUGGGAUUGACAUUCUUCUACCUUGUCUCCAGAUCCUCUCUUCAAAUCCCAACCAGCUCGUCCUUUGCCCCACCCCCUCCUACUUACGAAGAGGUUAAGGAGGAAAAAACAAAUUCCCAAGUUCCCACAUCCAAUGAAAGGGUGAACGCCACUUUUGUUACUCUCGCCCGUAACAACGACAUUUGGGAUAUAGCCAAAGCCAUCCGCUCUGUCGAGGACCGUUUCAACCGCAAUUUCCACUACGAUUGGGUUUUCCUGAACGAUAACGAGUUUGACGACGAAUUUAAGAAGCUUACGACCGCGCUGGUGUCUGGUACCACCCACUACGGCGUCAUCCCCAAGGAGCACUGGUCGUACCCGGAAUGGAUUGACGAGGACAAAGCGCGUGCUGCGCGCCUGGAGAUGGGUCGCAAGAAGAUUAUCUACGGUGACUCCGAGAGUUAUCGCCAUAUGUGCCGCUACGAGUCUGGAUUCUUCUUCCGCCAUGAGUUGAUGAUGAACUAUGAGUGGUACUGGCGCGUGGAGCCUAGCAUUGAGCUUUUCUGCGACGUUCCCGGAGACCCAUUCCGAUUCAUGAAGGAGAACAACAAGAAGUACAGCUUCGUGAUCAGUUUGUAUGAAUACAUCGAGACCAUCCCCACCCUGUGGGAUAGUGUUAAGGGCUUCAUGAAGAGUCACCCGGAGCACAUCGCUGAAGGGAACGCUAUGGAGUUUAUCAGUGAGGAUGGUGGUGAGAGCUACAACAAGUGCCACUUUUGGUCCAACUUUGAGAUUGGCAGCCUGGAAUGGUUACGGUCCGACCAAUAUAUCGACUACUUUACUGCCCUGGAUAAGGAUGGUGGCUUCUUCUACGAGCGGUGGGGAGAUGCACCAGUUCACUCGAUUGCUGCUUCCAUUAUGCUCAAGGCGGAAGAAAUUCAUUUCUGGAAUGAAAUCGCCUACUAUCACGUUCCAUUUACCCAUUGCCCAAGCAGUGAGAAGACGAGGCUGGAUCUUCGCUGCCACUGCAAGCCCAGCGAGAACUUUGACUGGGCAGGCUACUCAUGCACAAAACGGUGGUUCGACGUGAACAAUUUGCAAAAGCCCGAUGGCUGGGAUUCGAAGCAAUGACUGAAGGUCCUCGGUCAUUGGGCACUCUUCCUGUCUGGGGUUGGUGUCAUUCUUGUCAUCCUUUACCGCGAUUUACGGCUUUGGUUAUUGGUCCGAAUCAAGGUCAUUGCUAAAGUUGUGAUUGAUAUUGUUAGUCGUCGCCCAUAUACAAUCAAACACCACUCCGCGAGUGGGAAAUAACGGUUCUAUCCUGGGCUUGGCCUGGAAACCCCAAUUUCCUUU